AUGAAGAGCAUCAUUCUCUGUGCUCUCCUUGCUCUAGCAACUGCUGCCUGGGCUGUUUCUCCACCUGGGAAGGCAUGCACAAGAAUAUACAGACCAAUAUGUGGUACAGAUGGGAUAACUCACAGUAAUGAAUGCAUGCUUUGUGCUAGAAGUCAAGAAGUAAGAUACAAUAUCAGAAAACUUCAUGAUGGUAAAUGUGUAAGUAUUUGCAGAAAUAUAGAAAAAAAUAAGUAA